AUGGCGAAGCUUAAACACCAUGCAUGGGAGGACUACGCAGAGGCUAGGAAAGAGAUGAAAUGGCGCACCAAUGAGCUCGCACGAGAUCUACAUCGCCAACGAAUUGAGCAGGCAACAGAGUCAAUAGAUGGAUUCUGGAGAAUUGCCCGUUGGGUCUACAAUAGGGGCAAACCACGUGCCAUGUUUACCCCAACAUUACACUACAAUAACACGAGUUACACAGCCCUAAAGGAGAAAGCAGCUCUAUUCCGAGAGGUCCUCCACCCAGAGCCCCUGGAGGCAGAUCUGUCAGAUAUUGGACCACAAUAUAGAUAUCCCAAACCGUAUACGAUGCCACCAAUCACAUUAGACAAAGUCCGAACAGCAGUAACCAAUGUGAAGCCCAACAAAGCACCAGGGCUAGAUGGGAUCCUCAAUCUAGUCCUACAAAGGCUGCUCCCUACUAUCGAGGCCUAUCUCGUUAAUCUCUUUAAUGCAUGUCUACGUCAACAAUACUGCCCUGACUAUUUCCGAAAGUCGACAACAGUCAUCCUUUGCAAGCCUGGAAAGCCUGAUUACUCUAAUCUAAAGGCGUACUGCCCAAUAGCGUUACUGAGCACGAUUGGCAAAGCACUAGAAUCAGUGUUAGCCAGACGUCUCAGCUAUCUAGUGGAGCAAUAUAAUCUUUUACUAAAGCAACAUAUUGGAGGACGUCGCGGCUGCUCAUGCGAACUAGCAAUCCAUCUCUUACUAGAAGAGACCCAUAGUGUGUGGAGAGAGGGCUCACGAGUAGCCUUAGAGCUUGCACUUGACGCGGCAGGGGCUUUUGAUAACGUUAAUUAUAUAAGGCUGAUACACAACCUACGAAAGCGCCGGGUACUAGAUGACCUGAUUGGCUGGAUUAAGAGCUUUCUAAGCAAUCGCCGCACAUCAAUCACACUCCUAGAGGGCAAUAUGGGGGAAUUUCUAGUUAAUACAGGUAUUCCGCAGGGCUCCCCAUUGUCACCAAUCCUAUUCCUAUUCUUUAAUGCAGAUCUUAUUGAGCAGAUACUCACUGAGUACCCGGACGUGAUUGUUGCAGAGCGCUGGGAGAGGUCACAUGCCUCUAAAUUUGCGCCUGCCAAAUAUCAACUUACCCACUUUUGGCGGAAGCACCAAAUAGUGCCUAAGCCGAGUGGUAGGCUGGAUGUACCUCUCACAAUCAAGGGAGUAGAAAUUAAGCCUACAGACUCAAUCAAAUAUCUAGGAGUUUAUCUGGAUACCCACCUCACUGGGGAAGUGCACGUACAGGAGAUGAGAAAGAAGGCUGCAAAACUGGUGGCGGGAUUAAGCUCAAUUGCAGGAUCGACAUGGAGAACGCCCCUGGUUCAUCUAAGGAAGAUAUACAUAGCUGUCCUCUAA